CGCCGUCUCCGUUCAAAAGUGAAGUGUCCAUCAUUCUUUGCAGUCGAGAAAAAAUUUGCUCCUCAUUUUCGUGUGCUCGCGUUGUCGCUCGCCAUCGAGGCACCGUUCCACCGCGACGGAAGCAGUUCCCGGAAUGAACGUUGCGAUAGUUUGUUGUGCAAAUUUGUGCUCCUGUGGUGGAAAAAAGUGACCUUUUUGGGGUAACAGUCCCCAGAACGCAGGAGGAAUCAGAAAAUGUUAAUUGAUCCGAGAGGAGUGGAUCAGUAGCAGCAGCAGCAGCAACAGCAAAGAGACGGACGGGCGGUCGGUCGGCCCAGUGGUGCAAAGUGGGAGAAAGCAACGAACGGAAAGAUCCGCUGCACACACGCACACAGUGGCAAUCCAAAGUGGAAUCCGCUCCGCGCACCGCCAGCGACGACACAGAAUAGUGGCCACAGUGCGAGCCUAGUGUUAAGGGAGAUUUUGUUUCAUUAUUUUUCGACUGUCGUGGCUGCGGCUUUAUUGUGAUUGUGCUGCUGGCUCUGUGGUCGGCAACGGCACCGUUUUGCUGGUCUAGCUAAACAAGCCUGUUGCUUCAUCCUCCCAUCACAGAAUAGAUAUCACUGUCAUCAACCAGCAAUAGCCAGUUGCUGCAAUCGCAGAGUGACAACCUUCGAAGAUCGCACCUCACAAGAAAGAAGAAAAAAAAAUCAACAACACACGGCCAAGCCGUUUGUUAUUGGUUGAGUUUGUCAUGCUGUAAAAGAUGAAUGUCGAAGACAGACGACAAGCAAAUAAAACAAGUGGAGAGAGGCAGUGUUCCCAAACCACUACCAUUGGAGGUGGCCUUUGGUAGUAGUAAAGCAACAGCGUGCUCGUAACCACACCAUCCGCCCGCAAGGGUGUGCAAUUUAAUUCCUCGUACACGAAACGAAGAAAGAGAUUGUGUCCCACAGCCGCAUGUUUGUCUUGGCGCCCUGUAUGUUGUUCUCACCGUAUAGAUUGUUCGAGCGAGUAUCUGUGUUCAAGUCAUCAAUCGAAUCAAGAAGAAUUAGGUUUUAUUUUUCACAGAAGUGUCUAUGUUCGAAAAGUGUCUACAACCAACGUGUAUAGGUUCCGAAUUGUUUUUCGAAUACGAAAAAUUGUUACUAACUAGAGCAGCAAUUUCUUAGUUAGCAAAAAUUGUUACCUUGAUUUGAAAAUUGCUUCGAAUCACAGUGGUGUUGAUACAAAUAGUUGCCAUUCAAAACCUGCCGAGGGAUUGAAAUCAAGGAAAACCACAGGUUCAUAGGAGUGCAUGUGAUCGUGUUGUUAUUGUGAUAUCUCACGAUAGUACAUAGUUCAGUCGGUGUACCAAGUCGUUAUAUUCUGUGUAGGUGAAUUCGAGACGAACGGGCGAAGUGUAAUCCAAAAGAAGAUUUCGACGAGAAGCAAGAGGGUGAGAAGGCCGUGCCGAUAUCAGUAGUGAUAGCGGUAAAUAAAUGUGAAGUCGAGACCAGCAGUAGGAAGCAGCAGCUGCCCCGCUGGAACUACAGCAGGACAAGAUGAAUAAAUUAGAAAAUUCACGACGGAGUGGCACGCAGAAGAUUCGAAUCACAAUUCUUUGCGCAAGAAACCUGGCUCGAAAAGAUCUAUUUCGAUUGCCGGACCCUUUUGCUAAAAUUCGCGUCGAAGGCACUGCACAAGACUACCGGACGGAGAUAUGCAAAGCAUCGCUGGAGCCGAAGUGGAAUACUCAUUACGAUCUGUACCUGGGCAAGAACGACAGCAUCACGAUAUCAAUCUGGAACCAGCGCAAGGUGCAGAAACGCCAGGGUUCCGGUUUCUUGGGGUGCGUUCGGAUCGUUGCCAGUACGAUUCAACGGCUCAAAGAUACAGGAUACCAACGACUAGAAUUAUGUAAAGCCUCGCACGAUGAUCCCGAACCAGUGAAGGGGCAAAUCAUCGUAUCACUUUUGUCCCGUGAUAUGACUACCGGGGGCACCCCGUUAGCCAUCGUCGGUCCAGCUGGGGAUGUGCGGGGGCCAGACGAUGAUGAGGAAAUUCUGAAAGACGAACUACCCGCCGGUUGGGAGGAACGUCUAGCGCAGAAUAAUCGGGUGUACUACGUGAACCAUGUCACCAAAACCACACAAUGGGAUCGACCAACAGAACCGGCCGGCUCACUACCACCGGCCUUAAGCAAUGGUAGCAGUAAUAAUAGUAGUGCUGACUCGAUACCACCGGGCCCGUCAAAGUCAGCUACCAAUAAUAGUAUCAAUAGUAUUCAAUCCAGUGACUCCAGCAGCCGAAGGCACUCGACGGAGAUAAUGCUCAACAACUCUAACAACAAGGAAAAUUGCAAUCUGUCCAAGGACCGACCAAAAGAUGUGGACAAUGGUAACACAGGGUUAACAAAUGGUGCAAUGAUUGGAUCCGGCAAUGGUGGCAGCGGAGGUGGUAGACGUGAUACAAAAAGUCCCGCUCGGAUACGAGAUGAUAGUAUGCUGAUAACGCCUAGUUCCAGCACCAGUCCGUUAAGUGAGAUAAAUAGUCCCGUAACACCGAAGCCAACCAGUGAGCGCAGUCAAGGAGUUAUCAGAGAUCCACAGAUAUUAGGACUUCCAAAUUCAAUAGGGUCUCUAUCCAUUGAUCCGUCUGCGCGAUCACCACAAUCGAAUGGCAUUAUUCCGAAUGCACAUAGCACACCUACUUCCAAUAGUAAUAAUAGCAACAACACCAGUAGCAAUAAUAACAAUAUAGUAAACGUUUCUGCUGGUAUUGGAGGCAACUUUUCGGGCAUGAACAAUUCCGGUACUAAUAAUGGAGUUCUUUUAAUGAUUGGCUCUACGGCAAAUUCGAUUGUCAGUAACACUAGCUCGGUUGCUAACAACACUCCGACACAUGCUGUUCGGGACAACGUUUCGAUGCAGCAGCCAGCCGUGCCCCCAUUUCUGCCAGCAUCAGUUAACCUUCAUAAUGGUAACAGUCGAACAGCUGACGGACAUCACAUGGAUUCGCCUCCUGGCUCAGGACGAUCACAGCCCCAACCGCAACAAUCGAAUAGCACAGCAGAAGGCACCCGAGAUCAUUCGGCACAAAGAGCACGCAGACGGACAUCCCGAACGGCACGACCAUCGCCAGUUAUGCCACCACCAGGUCGUGGAAAUGCUCCUGCUAUAAGGCCUGCAGUUGAUUUACCUCCUGGUUAUGAAAUGCGCACCACCCAGCAAGGGCAAGUUUAUUUCUACCAUAUUCCAACAAAAAUGUCUACCUGGCACGAUCCCCGGAUACCGCGAGAUUUCGACACGCAAAAUAUCGCACCGGAAACGUUGGGCCCACUCCCGCAUGGUUGGGAACAACGAAGAACUGCGUCAGGUCGGGUGUACUUUGUAGAUCAUAACAACCGAACCACCCAAUUUACCGACCCCCGUCUGAAUGGACCUAUCUUACAAAUAAUCCGAAAACAAGCGCAACCCCCUGUUGGUCAAAGUAGUUCCAGUGCUGCCACUGCAAGUGGAUGUUCUUCAACUGCCCUGAGCUCUCUCUCCGGUGCUGGUCCACAGGUCUCCAAUGGAAUUCCGCCAAGUGUGGCUGGAAGCUCUCGGCUAAACAUGGCACCGGAAGCAACCGCUUCCGGCAGUAAUGGCAUACCUGUGGAACCAACGUCACACCGAGUGCCACCUAACAACAUUCCUGAUCUACCGCAAGGUCUGCUAGAUGGUGCCGAAUCACUGCCCAAGUAUCGGCGAGAUCUAGUCGGGAAGAUACGGGCAUUGCGGGUCGAACUGCAAGCCCUACAACCACAGUCAGGCCACUGUCGACUUGAAGUGUCUCGACAUGAAAUCUUUGAGGAGAGCUACAGACUGAUUAUGAAAAUGCGACCACGUGACAUGCGAAAAAGGCUUAUGGUCAAGUUUAAAGGGGAAGAAGGUUUGGACUACGGAGGGGUGGCAAGAGAAUGGCUUCAUUUACUUUCGCGAGAAAUGCUGAACCCUCAGUAUGGUCUGUUCCAGUAUAGUGGGGAUGAUCGGUAUUCGCUACAAAUCAAUCCUGAUUCUGGAGUGAAUCCAGAUCACCUAUCGUACUUCCAUUUUGUUGGUCGGAUUUUGGGAAUAGCUGUGUUCCACAACAACGUGCUAGAUGGAGGCUUUACGCUGCCCUUCUACAAACAACUGCUGAACAAACCAAUCACACUGAACGAUAUCGAGGAUGUUGACCCGGAACUGCAUAGGAGUUUGACUUGGAUGCUGGAAAACAAUAUCAACGGGGUGAUAGACUCAACAUUCAGUGUUGAAAACAAUAGCUUUGGAGCACUCAAGGUACACGAGCUGAAACCGAAUGGUGCAUCGGCGCAGGUUACCGAGGACAACAAACGGGAGUACGUGAAGCUGUAUGUGAAUUAUCGAUUCAUGCGAGGAAUCGAGCAACAAUUUUUAGCUUUAUCUAAAGGGUUUGGCGAGCUGAUACCGAGUCAACUUUUGCGGCCAUUUGAGGAACGAGAACUGGAACUAGUUAUUGGUGGCAUUAGCAAAAUUGAUGUGAACGACUGGAAAUCACAUACGCGCUUGAAGCAGUGCACUGCGGAAACCCCGCAGAUCAUAUGGUUUUGGCAGAUUGUGGAAUCCUAUUCACCGGAGAUGCGCGCUCAGCUACUACAGUUUGUCACCGGUUCCUGUCGCGUGCCGCUGCAAGGCUUCCGCGCCCUGCAAGGUUCUACCGGAGCCGUCGGACCUCGGCUCUUCACCAUUCAUUUGACAGCGGACGCACCCAUUCAAAAUCUACCCAAAGCGCACACCUGUUUCAAUCGGAUAGAUCUUCCAAUGUACGAUACGUACCAGUUGAUGUACGAUAAACUAACGCAGGCCGUUGAAGAGACAUGUGGAUUUGCCGUAGAAUAAGAAAACUAACCAACCUGUGAUUAAUAAUAAAAGUUACAUAGCAGGUUCAUGGCUUGGACAAACGCAAAACGAAACCAACAUGGCUAAUUUUUCCUCUUUCGCUUGUGCGGAAGAGUGAUUAAUGAGACCAAAAUAAAAGAAAACAUCAGAAUUAUUCCCCACUUCGAAACAUGGGAAACGGUCGCCCGAGAGAUCAUCCCAGAAUAGCUCGUCCCGAAUCGUCAUCCCUGGGGGAGUACUUUUCGUACCAACUUGAUGCCAAGUAUGCUAGCAAGUAUAAACAUAAAAUCAAAGUGUUCUACAAACUCGUACAAUAUAUUUCCCUUACUGGAACAAAUAAUCAAAAUAAAUGGGUGACUAGUUAUGAAUCACAAAUAGCUAACACGUAGACACAAGAAGAAACAGAAAAACAAUCGAUUGUUAAGUAAAACUAUCGACAUUAUGGUAGCUCAAAAUGUUUAACUAUAUUCGCCGCAGUAAACGAUGUCACUUCACUGAGAAGUUCCGUACUAGUUGUCCCAGCAUUGGCAAAAAAGGGUCCUCCAAUUAACGGGUUGAACCGUUGAUAAUAUUUCAAAAUUGCUAUUACCCAUUUUGUUUCUAAACUGAAUAUUUUGCACUGGAUUUUGCAUUCCUCUUUGCCGAAGGAAUUCGCCGUUUUACAAAAUUGUUACUUUGAUGCGAAUUAAAUUGUUCCUAAUGCUGAAGAGGCAUCUUCAACGGCUUGAUUUUUUUUAGCUAUUCACAGCGUGGCGUCGUCAAUCUACAAUAGGUUCGGAGGCGAACUUAGCAGAUGGCAAUAAAUUUGGUGAAAAAACAGAUAAACAACUUGAAAACGGGGGAGGUUAUUGAGUUAACCUAUUACAUAUCAUCAUUUGUAAUUUUUUGGUAGCAUGAAUCAAACUUGUAGGUAAAGAGAAAAUCACAACAAAAAUAACCAUGUUAGCCUCUCCAUCGAUUCGGUGUACACAUUUGGCAAAAAUAUUGAUAAUUUUCCAUGCCAGCUAAAAGAGGCCAACUGUUUAAUCCAAUGGAGUGAUAUUUAAUAGCAACUUUUAAAUUUUUUAUUGAAAGUUUUACAGACGAGACAUACUGAGAUUAUUAAGCACUAGUAGUCCAACAUUAUUCGGUCUUAUAAUAAAGGUACAGGAGAGUUUGUUCCCUUUUAGCAACCUAUAGCAGUUUAGCCUUCGUCCAAGUGUUUCCAAUGAAAUAAAAAUGCGAUAUUAUAAAAAUAACAUAUUUAUUGUAGAGAAAACGUCGAUUUUUUGAAAAUAUAUAACCCACUCUUUCGAAAUACGUUCAAAAUGAGCGGGAAUAACUUUCAUCGCAACGAUAUUAAGUCUAUUAGGAAGUUUAUUCUAAUUAAAUACGACAUACGCAUCAGGAAAGAAUAUAAACUGUGUUAAACGGAUUAAAAUUUGAGGACAAACUUAUAUAUCUAAAAAAUUACCCUAAUUAUAAACUUUUUGGACAGUUUUCCUUUGUAUAUAUGUAUCGAUUAGCUAAACAAAAUAUAUAAAUCUACUUUGCAAUGAAGUAGCUGUAGUUGUUCAUUCGAAUAUUUAGCAUCUUUAUCGUAUGUCUACCUUAUUACCUUUUCCUGUAAAACUAGGCGUAGACACUUGAUCAAUACGAUAUAGAAAUUAACGUUCACCUAUUGAAAACAUGGAUCUAUAAUCUAGCAAACUAGGUAGGAAGUUAAACGCAGAAUUUGGUUUGUAUUUUUUCUUUUUCCUUGAGCGGGUUAACCUUCGCAUAGUAAUAUUGGGCUACGUUUGAAUGUGAAUGGGGUUGAUGUGCGAGAAAAGAAUAUGCAAAGUCAAAAUUGUAUCAAUAGCAAGGUUUACGAAGAGAUCAAAAAUUGAUCAGCAUAUAAUCGAUAGGAAGUAGGUUAACAAAAACCAUAACGUAUAUAUUAUUUGUAAAUUAUACUAAAUCGUUUUAUACAGUUACAUAA